AUGCGCCAUGCCGCACAUAUGUUCAGUCUCAAAGCCGGCUACACCACCCUGAUGAUGAGGGACAAUCUCAGGGCGGUGCCUGAAGCCCUCUACACCCCUACCAAGCAGCUCUCAAACCAUACCACUUUGUUCAAAUUUCUCGUUUCCUUCGCUACCAGCCCAAGUGGCCUCCAUUCAUCUCGAUCACCAUCAUCUUCUAUCCUCCCCGUGCAUGCGCUACGGUACGAAAUGCCGCCGUUUCGCAAAGUUUAUUUGAAAGGAUUCCUCAACAAACCCUCUACUUCCUCUAAUCCUCCCGAGCAUUCCCUCGAUAAGUCACCGCAGACGGACGAUCAUGAUCAUUAUCACUCUGUCAAUAAGUCAGCUAUCUAUGUUUUCCCCCUUCAGGCAGAAGAGCUACAAGCCAGAAUGGACCUUCUCCAUAAAAAAUACUCACCCGACCGCAUUACAACGGUGGCACGCACACCAGUCGCGAGGAAGGUUCCGAAGGAUGUCACUGUAGACGGUGGCGACGAGACGGAUACCACAAGCUACCUCAGCCUUGACGAGGAUGGACGCAACCGGCUUCGAUCAGCUCCCAAGGGAUCCUCCAAUCCAUCCAAACUUCCUUUGGGCUCCAGGUCUCGCUACAGGCCUACGAGGUUCGCACAGCUUUCGAGCUUUUCGUCUCUUCAGGGGGGCGCCUUAAAGGUGGUCCCGAAGUCUGCUCCCCUACCGACUAAACAUGACUCUCAACAUCCACCCUCGCGGAGCUCGUCGGAGGACAAGCGUUCACCGACGGGUACGUUCAUGUUACCUUUGUCGAAGAUAUCUAAGUCAUCUUCGUCUAACCACCAACCUGCUGUUGCUCCGCGCUCGACUCCGCCUCCGAGUCAACUGUCUGCUCGCUCUGUCAAGUCAAGGAUAUCCAAGCCAUCUCUUGAUACAAAUGCUUCGGCCUCCGAAGAAUUUAUGAGUCCACAGGCUCCGCCUCUGGUUUCCCCGAAACCUCCCGCGUUCCCCUCACCGGCCAACAAAGCCCACUCAAAUCCAAAGCCUCGGCAGCUUGCUCAAUCGGGGUUAGCACAAAGCUCGGGCCUACUGAAGGGCGUCUCUAAGUCGGCCGGCCAACAACGGCAUAUCGCUCCUUUGCAUGCCAGGGAAGGGCAUCCUUCGUUGCCACAGGUAGUGGCAUCACCAUCUCGCUUUGCUGCUGCCAAGGAGCAUAACGCAAUGCUACCGCCGGUGAAGACCUCUUCCCGCCCCGCCGCUACCAAGGAGCGCAGCGCAAUGCCACCGCCAGAGAAGACCUUUCCCCGCCCUGCCGCUGACAAGGGGCGCUACCCAGUGGCAUCGCCAGUGAAUAAUUCUUCUCACUCGAGUGCUAAGAAUGAACGUCUUCCAAUGGGGUCGUCAAUGCAGACCUCUUCUCACUUGAAUGCCAGGAAUGAGCGCCUCCAGGGGGGAAAGUCUGCAAUAACUUCUCCUCGGGCAGGUAUUAUGAAUGAGCGUCUUCACUUGACACCGUUGACGACAGCCUUCUCCCAGCCGUACGAUGCCUCUAGCUCUUCUUCUCCUAAUAGUGACAGUCCGGUGUCUUUCGCGCCAGCUUUUAAUGUACGUGAGUUCAUUAAGAACACCCGACCCAACCCGUCGCCCUCCUCGCCUGUUACUACGGAUAAAUUUCGUCGGGAAAUCGCUUUUUUCCGCAAUGACUCCCAAGCUGUGGAGAAGAGAAAGUAUCGUAAUGCAUCCGUGCUCCAUGUAACAUCCGUGACCAACGAGGCGUACCGUCACAGCGCCUGCGCUGAAGUUGAGGCGCCAAAGCUAAUGGGAUCGCGUGGACAGCAGAAAGCCGUUGCCGUCACGACAGCUUGUGGAAAUGACAAGCAGGCCAGGAAUACCUCCCGCGAGAUUGAUGCUCGUAGGGUCGGCCUCAAGAGAUCGCAUGCCGUGUAUGCGUCGAUUCGCCCUUGA